CAUUUCUUUCUACGAAUCCUCAGCUGAUCGUGAUUAUCGAAAUGGAUAAAAAAAAUUACGUAAUCGUGUUCGAAUCGAUAAGUUCGAACUGAUAAUGAUUUAAAAUUACUCCUCUUCCUUAUCAUAACUCAUAAGAGUACUAAUCAUAUUAAUUUCAAGUUACGAAAUUUGGAAAUAACACGUUACAAAAUCAUUUUUUGUGCAGUUGGUUUUUUUUUCGGUUUCCUUAAAACACUAGAGAAGCAUUUUUCAUCAUGCGAGUUGUUUGUGCCCAUUCGAAGUGAUGUUUUUCGUAAGAUUCGUGGGUUGUUUUUCGAUUCUGUUGUGUUCGAUUUAUUCGUCUAUAGGUCUCGAUGCGAAUGUCACCACUACCGAAAAACCUGUCGAUGAGAUCCCUAAUUUCGGAUUACUCGAUAUCAGAGUGGGCAAAAUUCUAUCAGUGGAAGAUCACCCAAAUGCCGAUUCCUUAUACGUAGAGACAGUAGAUAUAGGCGAAUUGGAACCCAAAACCAUUGUCAGCAGUUUGGUGCAUUUUUUAAAACGCGAAGAUUUGGAGAACAAACUAACCCUAUUCGUUGUGAACUUCAAACGAGCCAAAUUAAGAGGAGUUGUUUCCGAAGGUAUGAUUCUAUGCGUCAGCCAAGGUGAAAAAGUUGAACUUCUGAUACCUCCUGAAGGCAGCGAACCAGGCGAUGUGGUUCUCGUGCAAGGUUACGAUUAUAAACCGGAGAAGAAUAUCGCGUCAAAACUGUACGAUAAAGUGGAGCCUUAUUUGAGAGUUGAUAACGAUGGAGUGGUUACUUUUCACGAUGUACCUUGGAAUAUCAGCGGUAAAGGAGUGGUUACUGUCAAGACCCUUAGGAAUAUUUCAUUCGAGUCGAAAGCAGCCAAGCCUACGCAAAGUUCUGCUAAUUGUACUUUGAGUACUGCAGCAGGGGCUAAUACGAGUACUACUAGUGAUCCUCAAAUGAAUAAUACGAGUACUGUUGUUUUUGUUUCGUAAAAAAAAAUUUGAACAUCCAAUUCAGCGGAGUAGGGUGUACCUUGAUUUUUUUUCCCUCCCACCCAGUGAAAAUAAGUCGUGCCAGGAAGCCCCCCCCCCCAUCAUCAAAAUAUAUGAGAAAUCACAAAAAUUGAUAUUUUCACGUUUUUUUUUUUUUUUUUUUUUUACUUUCUAAUCCUUGAAUUUUGCCCAUUUUCAUUGGAAAAUAAUAUUGAUGAAUAUUUUUCAUCACUCUACAUGAUAAAAAUGUAAAACUUGUCUCCAUCCUCAAACAUCAAACAAUUAAAAAAAAUAUAUUUUCACUUUUUUUUUUUAAAUUCUUAUCCUUGGAUUAUCUUUGUCAGAAAAACACUAUUUAAAAAUAAUGUUUUUGAUUUGCCCCUAAUUUAUAAUUGCUUACGUCCAGGAACUUCUCUCCUCCCCCCUCCCCCCCCCAUAAUAUCUAAAUAUGUGAAAAAUCAAAACUUUCACCUUUUUUUCACCUUCGAAUCUUUGAAUUUGGUACAUUUUCAUUAGAAAUAUUAAGCAGGGUGUCUAACGGUUCUGCAAGUCCUGCAGUUGUCCUGCUUUUUAUAAUUUUUGAUCAACAGUCCUGUUUUUUUUUUUUUUUUUUUUUUUUUUUUUUCAAUCAGACUUCAAAUUUUUAAUUUAUUUCUACUUUUUGAGGGUAUCUAAUGGUCAUUAAAGUCUUGACAGUCACGAAAAAGUCGUGAAUUUGGGUAGGUCGUCAUAAAAAUCAUGAAAGCCAGGUCAAGAAUUUUGCUCGAAACACGCUUGAAAAUUUUUUAAAAAGCCCAUAAAAUGAAAAAAAAAAUGAAAAAUCAGAAAAAUGAAAAAAUUGAAAUACCUAAUUUUUUAUGCUGUAAAAAAUGGCAACCCUGUUCGAUUUCUUCGCAGUUUUAAGCUAUUUAAUCAUAUAUUUUGGGGGGGGGGGAUUUUCAUGGUGUAAAAAUGUGAAAAAUAGGUCAUGAAAAAUUGUCUAAAAAUUAUGUUAAACACCAUGUUUUUCUGAAAUUUUGAAAAAAAUGUUUUUGAAAAAGGCUCAUUUCGCUGACUUUUGUCUUUUACAACUUGAAGCACACAUUUUUGAGAGUAUUUAUUUACCCUCCCUUCUUUUUGCUCUUCCUUUCCAAAUAAAAACUUUUAUGUUCAAAUUCGCAAGAAAUGUUCAAAGUUUGAAUCAGAAAAAUAAACUCCCACUUGCCUAAAGAAACUUUUUUUUUACUUUUCAAAACAUGAAUUUUUGAGAGCUUUUGACCUCGCUUCACUCAGGCUCGUUUGCUUUUCUUUUUCAAUUUUGAAUUUUUUUUUUCAGUCAUUCAAAUUUUAAAAUUUUAAUGCAAAAUAAUAAAUCUUAAAUUCUUAAUUCUUUACACAAGAAAAAUUUUCAUUAUUUUUUUUACCUACCUAUUUUACUUUAAAACUGUCCGUUUUAUUUCGAAUAUUUUUCAAAAUGUCCUUAACAUUUUUCAUUGAAUUUUUUUUUUUACAUUGAAAAAAAAAUUACGUUGAAAAAGUUUUUUAUUCGCCAAAUUUCCAAGAACCUCUUAAAGGUGAAAAUAAAAUCAAAAAUUGAAAUGGUAUAAAUUUUCGACAUCCGCUUGCUUGAGAAAAAUUUUAAGAUGUUUGAAGACAUUGGAGAAGCAAACCCCCCCCCCCCCGCCUCCUCUCACCCUUCUAAAAGAUCUGAAGUGUUUGAAAAAUAACCUGCUAAAGUCCUGCUUUUUUAUUUCGAAAUUUUGUUGGACACCCUGAAAAAGUCAUUUAAAAGAAAUCUGAGAUAUUGAAUUUCGAAAAAAAAACCUGAUUUGUUCAUUUUUUUUGAUUUUUUUCAACUUUGGACGCCAACAUUGUUGGGGGUGUUCUCGAAAGAAGAAUCAACUAUAGAAGCAAAACCUGGGAAAAAAAUGAUGAAUUGAGGGGGAAUGAAAUUUGGCGAAAGUAAGAAGCAUUUUAAAGCAAUUUUGUAGAAAAAAAAAACAGGACUUUUGUUUGACAAACUUUGAAACAAAAAUAGAGCUUUUUAGGCAGGUAAGGCAAAAAUUAAUGCUUUCUAUAGAUGUUUUGGCAAAAAAGCAAAAAUUUCUGAUCAAUUUUGGCAAAAAUUACGACCAUUUGACUAUUUUAUCAAAAAAUUACUUCCUGAAAAUUUUGACAAAAAAGCAUUACAACUUUUUGUCAAUUAGCCAAAAAUUGACUCUUUUUGGGAAUUUUUUGAAAAUUUUGGUCAAAGCAUUGGUUUUUUGGGAGAUUUGAGUAAGAACAAGACUGUUUGAAAAUUUUGACAAAAAUUAAACCUUUUGACAAUUUUACCAGAAAUGGACAUUUCUUGACAAUUCAAUUUUGACAGAAAGGGACAAUUCUCGAUUAUUUUGCCAAAAAAUGACAAUUUUUGAUACUUUUUUGACUUGGUCAAAUUUCGCGGCAAAAAACCAGAUCCUUUGAACAAGGUUGGCUAAAAUAGCACUUUUUGAACAAAAAGAGAAGACCAGGAAAAAAUCAAUUCUGUUUGGUAGUUUUAGGCGAGGAGGGGGUACAAAAAAUUAUGGACUUUCAACUUUCGAGAAUUAGCGUGCCCACACCACUCCCCCCUCCCGGUGAAAAAAAAACUGUUUGAAAGUAUUCUGCUGAGAGAUGAAAAAUUUUCAGAUAAUUUAUACCUGCAGAAGUGCAGACAUCAAUUUUGCAUCUGUUUUGAUAUUUUUCAAUUUUGGGGGGCUUUAUAGAAAGGGACCAACAUCAUUUUGAGGACCAAAUGACGGGUUUUCUUGAAAAUAUGCUUAUUCAGAAAGAUUCUAUGUUUGAAAAAUUUUCAAAAAAUUUCUAUAAGCAUCAAUUUUUCAUUUUUUUAUAUUUUUUUUUUCGAAAUUUGGAGGGCUUUAUAUGUACAAGAAAUCCAACAUCACUUGGGGGUCCAACGAAGGUUUUUUUUUGAAAAGGGGGUCAUGUAGAAUAAAUUCUAAUGUAGAAAUUGAGCAUUUUCAAAAAAAAAUUCCCUGAUUUCAAUUUUUUCUCAUUUUUUUGUGAUUUUUUUCCAUUUUGAGGGAUUUUUUGCUAGGGAGUCAAUAUGAUUUGAAGGACCGGUUAAAGUUUUCUCUGAAAAGGGGGUUGUUUAGAAAAAUUCUGAUGCAUAAACAAACAAAUUUUGAUAGAUAAAAUUUUUUUUAUUCUUUUGAUUUUUUCAACCUUGGGAGGAGGGCUCCCGGCAUUACUUUUUUGUAGAUAGGAGGAAAAUGAAAAAGGAAUUAUUUUCGUAACCGAGAUUACAACUUUGUUGGGCAGGAGGUGGAAAAUUCCAACUUUGCAAAAUAAGGUACACCCUAGAGCUGACAAUAAGAUGUUCUUGAGUUCAGAUAUCCAUUAUUUGUUUAGUCAAGUUCUUUAUCUCUUGUAUUCAUUUCUAUUUAUUUAUUCUAUCAAUUUUUUCUAAAUAAACGUUACUUAUGCUAGGACUAAUGAUUCUAAAAUAAGUAGGUACUUAGAACAGCAAAAAAUACUCACAAAAUGCGGAAAAUCCAACCGACAUCGGAUCUAUUUGAAUAGCCGAGUAGAAAGGUCUCAUCGAAACUUGCAAAGUUUGCUGACAAAAUUGUAAAUUAUAAUAAGGCGACGUACUAAGACUCCUUUCAGUUUGCGGAUCAUUUUUCCUCACUUUAUUACUCGUAUGUUCAGUUUCCAACGAAGCUGGAUAGCAAUUAUUACCUCUGCCAUUAUUGUGUGGCUUCUCACAGUGAUCCGACGACAAGGGUUGAAAAUUGAGUUUUUCCGAAGUAGAGAUCACUUUUCCCAUUGGUUUGAUGACAUUUGUAUCUUUGGUUGGUCGAUCAUCUGUUUUGGUUGCGGUUGCAGUUUCAGUUUCACUUUCUCGAGAUGAUAUAUCGUAAGAUGUUUCCAAAUUACCGUACAAACGUUGGAAGAAUUCGCGAUGCGAUGAAACUGGCUUGGAUUUUUGGUAGAGUUUAUUCGCCGGAUCGUUGUUGUCGAGUUUUUUCUUCUCUGUUGUUUUCAUGAUGAGCGAUGGCACAUUUUUUUUUUUUUGGACACUAUUUCCGCACUCGAGAUUUAUUCGUAGAUUCGCGACGCGAAGUACUGUAAAGUUUUUCGAAAGCUGUGAGAAAAUGAUCGAGUAUUAUUUUAUAUGUAUUAUUGCCGCAUGUGAUUGUAUCGUUUGGUUGGUGCGAAUUGUCGGCGAGGGUGAUGUCUCUAAUCUUAUUGGGAACUUUUGAUAACCAAUGGAAAAGCAGACAGGACGUCUUUAACGGUAACCCCUCCUUUUUGGAAAUCGCGUGCGCGUAAUUGAACUUUUGGGUGUUUACUACACCCUGCUGCGAGUAUUGCAUUAUCCUUUGCUGCCUUUUUACCAUCACGUUGUAGUUAUUUGGAUGUCGAGUUGGUGUGGGAAUGUUUUGAGAAUGUAGGUCAAAAUGACGGCGAAAGAGUGGUGAAAAAGAAACAGAUGGAUGGAUGGUGUUUGAAAUUUGGUUGUUUCGUGAGCUCAGACUAUUGUACACUGUACGGAAUUUUCGGAAUUGUAGGUUCCAAAAUUAAUCAGAAGAUAUAUCCCUACAUGUUGGAAAAAUAAAAUAAGAAGGUGCAUUAACACAAAUCAUCAAAUGUGAGUGUGAGUUAUAUGUAUGGGUAGGCUUUACAACUUGUCGAUUCCAUCUGCAGCCUAAAUAAUGAAAAGAGUAUAUUAACGAAUACCACAUCGAAUUACUCAACCUAAAACAGAUGUAAAUAAACUAAUGUGCGAAAGAUUACUCCGUAUGAUACUAAUUUAACUAGCAUCCUAUCUUGUGACAUGGUUAAUUUUUUAAAAAUGUAACCUUAUUAAUGUCACCUUUUUUGGUCCCCCCUCCUUCCAAAAAAAAUUCAAUAUAAUUCUCUCAUUCUCAACUAUUAUUGCAAAAAAGUAUGAUCUCUUCAAAAUUGACUAAAACUCUUCCUUUUUCAAAAAUGAUCAUAAAAUUGUUCUUAAGAAGUAGUGAAAUGGCUAAAAAUUGACGUCUUUAUUCAGAAAAUUCCCAAAAGUCUCGUAGUUUUUCUGUGUUCAAAAGUCUCAUUUCUUGGACAAUGAAGAAAAUCAAACAAAUACGAGGUAUAAUUUUUUGGCUUCUAAUCACCUAACGAAAGAUCAUGCUUUUUGCUAAAAUUGGUCAAAAAUGUUUCCUCGUUUAGAAAUUUACAAAAAAUUCUUGAAAACCUACUUUUUAUCCAAAAUGAUGCAAAAUUUUUGAUUUUUUGGAUAAAAUUUGCAAAAUUACCAACAAUAUUGCUAAAAUUGUCGAGUCUUGCUUUUUUUCUAAAAUUGUCUGAUAGUCUUGCUUUGUGCCGAAAAUUCAUGCUAUUUUUCUUGGCAAUUUGAAAAGUCUCCACCAGCUUGUUUUCACCAAAAAAUAAUAGUUUUUUCUCGAACAAAGCAAAAUUAUGAAGUCUCACUUGAAUAUUGAAAAAAAUGUUGACUCUAAUUCCCAAGAAAUGCUGAUUUUUGCUGAAAUUGUCAAAUGGCUUUUUCAAACGUUUCCGCAAUUUUUUAGCAAAAUUGUAAAAGGUUUCCACUUUUUCAAAAAAAAAAAAAUUAUCUUAGAGCUUUUUUUUGGUGAAAAAAAUUGCCAACAGUAACACUUUUUCUCCAUUAAUUCCUAAAAAAAUCUUGAUUUUUGGUUUUCACCAAUAGGGUAAGGUUGCCUAAAUCGUACCACUGCUUGGUUUUUAGGACCUAGAGAGCCCAAUUUUAAUUCUUUUUUACUGAUUUUUUUUUUUUAAAUUGUAGCUUGAAACCUUGUCUAUCGAAUAACGUAUCAAUAGAGUAAUUUAUUCUUCAGUGAGAGGAGAUAUUUCAGUUUCUGCGAAGGUCUUCAAGUGGUACAAUUUGGGAAACUAGUCUCCUAAAUCGUACCAUCAGUUCCCAAAGUUAUACUACCCAGUCAUUUUAGUUAUAUUAUUUUGAAGGAAAUAGAUGAAAUGAGGUAAAAAAAUUCAAGAAAAAGCAUAAGGUUUUCAUUUGUAUCCAUUAUAACACAUAUUUAGAUUUGUAAAAUGAAAAAAGGACUACGUGUUUGUCUUGAAGCUUUCUAUUCAGUUUUCUUGUAGUUUUUACCUGGUACGAUCUAGGGAACUCAUUGCAUGUAAUACAAAUGUAAUGGUAUGAUUUAGGAAACCUCAAUGUGGUUGUGGUAUGAUUUGGGCAACUUGGGCAUUUUUUUUGGAAUAACUGGCAGCACUGUCAUAAAAUAUACUUGUAACUGACAUCUGUGCGCGAUGCAAUAAGUAUAAAUAUGUGUUUCAUGUGAUCCAUUGAAAAAAAUUCCACUUGAUUAAUCCUAUCAGGGCUCCAACACCUCACAAUACCUAACAUACAUCAAAAAAAAUAUAGAUUACAACCACAUAUCUUCUUUAAAUCAUGAUAAGUUACACAACCAUUAGUCAAUCUGGCUGAUUAUUUUUGUAUAGUAGGUGGCAACACUGACACAUUUCAGUUGAUACCCCAAAAAAUUAUAGGAGUGCUACCUUCUAUGUAAAGUAGUAGGUGGUACGAUUUCGGCAACCUUACCCUACUUAUUGAAAAUGUUUGCUUUUCAACGCAGAUUUUUUUUUUUUGCAAAAAAUUACGUACUUAGUUUUGCUUUUUCAAAAUUUGUUGCAAAGUUUUGCUUGUUCGCCAGGAGUUGCCAAAAAUACCCUUAUCUUGUUGAAGUUGUUCUAGUCAUGUUUUAUUUGGCUGAAUUGGCUUUUUUGUUAAAAAUUGCAAAAUGACUAAAAAAAAAAUCUCUUACACUGAAAAACUUCUCAUAAUUGUUGAACUUUUGUGUUCUGCCUUUUCUUGUUUGUGAACUAUUUCUUUGUUUAAAUUUUUUGGUGACAUUAGUCAGAAAAUCACAAAUAGUUCAAUAAAAUUCUUUGGAAACAGUAGAAAGACAUUGAAACUAAAAAAACGUUUGCAUGGCUGUUGCCUACACUUCUAUGAAUCUAUGAAUGAACAUACCAACGCUUGGAAAAUGUUUGAGGGGUCCUCAUGAGCAGGAAGACUUUGAUUUGCACUGAAAAAAUAUAAAAAUCCUAAAACCAAAAAAAAAAAAUUAGCUCUAGUUAGUUUUUGUUUCAAGUUGACACCGAACAUUUUUUGAAAAAUUCCAUCUUUAUACCUGUAUAAGAGAAAAAUUUGAUUGAUUGAUUGUGUCAAUUUUUAAGUGGUUGCACAAAGUUACUACAUGUUUGGCUGAUUGAGAUUCUUCAGACUUUGUGUUAAUGAUUGUCAAAGUGAGAUCUUUGUACAUAAUCUAAAAAUUGAAUCUGAUUUGAUAAAUCUUUUACACAUUUCAUAUAAACAAACUAACCCUUUAGAUGCAAGAAACAUUGCAAUGUAUUUUGCUUUGACAGUUGAUGAAGCUAUGUACAUGUAAUUCGUUUUUCCAUAUUCUCAAAUAAGUCGGAUUGCCAAAUAAAAUAACACUGUUAAUGUGAUUGUCUCACUCCUACGCCACUCUUGUAACACUGGUCAAUACUUUUGGAAAUCAUUCAAGAUCACAUCAAAGCAAAAUAAGUAGAAUUUUGUACCUUACCUGUAAGAAAUAGGUUGUCACUACUCAGUUACUUACUUUUGAGUUUUAACUUUAAUAUUACGUUUUACGUUACAAGUUAAGUUAGACAAUGAAGCACUAGGACUGGAUAUUGAUGUAAUUGGUAAUUCAUUUCAAUUAUUAAUAAAAUAAUCAGAGUACAAGGAAUACCCGGAUUUUUGAAAACAUUUGUGCAUAAAUAGCCUUGUUGGUUAUAUGUAAUAUUGGGUUCAUUAAUAUCCAGUAUAACCAAACUAUGUGUAUAGAACAGAAAGUACAUAUAUAAUUCUCAUAACAGUCUCAUCUCUCUGCAUUUCAAUUCUGGGAAUUACCCCAUUCAGUCCAGGAACAGUUUCAAGAGCAUCUGUAAACUCUUUUCUGCAGUGAAGAGAGGGACACUCAUUCUUAAAUCUACACAUAAAAACAAUCAUUCAAAUCUAUUAUUCGAUAAUGAAAAUUAAAUCAGAAUUAUAACAUUAGUAUUUCUGUAGAUGACCAUAUGAUACCAAAUCAUGGAUGUUUAUGGAACCUAUCGAGUUGGUUUUUUUUUACAAUUGAAUUUUAAUUGAAAUUAAAAAUUCAGUCAACUUUUUAUUAUUAAAAAUCAAAAAUAAUUGUCAUGCUCAUGAUUUACAAAAAAUUCUUUUAAGCCUACUUUUUCCCCCAAAAUGAUGCAAAAUUAUCGAUUUUUUGGAUUACGUUUGCGGAAUUGCCUGUAGUUCCUAAACUAGUCAAAAGUCUUCUUUUUUUAUUUCUAAAAUUGUCUGAUAGCCUUGCUUCCUACCAAAAAAUAGUCGUUUUUUUUUUAAACAAAGCAAAAUUCCAAAGUCUCACUUAUUUUUUUCUUUUUUUUUUUUUCUUUUUUCCUUUUUUCUUUUUUUCUUUUUUCUUUUUUUUCUCUUUUUUUUUCUUAUUGAAAAAAAAAACAUGAUCAUGUAUGGCCAAAUUGGAACCUUUUUCCCCAGGUAGUGAACUUUCAUCACAAUGCCUUAAUUUCAGACUAUUUUCUUCCGCUCAAACUCCUUUUUGAAGCAGUGGGAAUACUCUUACCAUAGAAGUAUGGCUCUGCAUUUUAGCAUACGUUGUUCCUACUCCAAGCAAUUACUCCUCAAAAAGGCUCACUCCUUACUCUGACUCCUACACCACUCUUGUAACACUGGUCAAUACUCUUGGAAAUCAUUCAAGAUCACAUCAAGGCAAAAUAAAUAGAAUUUUGUACCUUACCUUCGCCUGUUCAGAAAUAUGGAUGCAAUAAAUACAGAGCCACGAAAAAAUUGAAGAGUAAUAGCACGAAUGUGCAUACAAGGAAAAAAAUUUCCACAAAUGAUAAUGCAGGAGUAUUUGCACGAUCCUGUUCAUUAGGUUCCAUGUUAUCUGGCAAUUUUACUCACUAGUUGGGACCUAGAAUAAACAAUUAAUUAAUUUAUGAACUUUAGUACUCAUUCUGUUCAGAAAUCUGGAUGCAUUAGAUAAAAAGCCAUAAAUAAAUUGAAUAAUAAUAGCACCAAAGUGCAAACUAUGAAAAUAAUUCCUCAAAAUGACAUAGGAGUAUCAGGAUCCUAUUUGUUAGGUCAUUAGUUGAGACCUGGAAUAAACAAUUAAUUUAUUUAUGAAACGAUAUAUACCUACACAGCCUUCCCCAGUAUAACUGAAUUGUGUGUAUGGAACAGAGAGUAUAUAAUUCUCAUAAUGGCCUCAUCUCUCCUGAUUUCAAUUCUGGGAAUUACCCCAUUCAGUCCAGGAACAGUUUCAAGAGCAUCUGUAAACUCUUGUCUGCGAGGAAAGAGAGGGGCACUCAUUCUUAAAUCUACACAUGAAAACAAUCAUUCCAAUAUAUUAUUCAAUAAUGAAAAUUAGAGCAGAAUAAUUCAACAUCACUAUUUCUGUAGAUGACCAUGUGAUACUGAACCAUGGAUGUUUAUGAAACUUAUCAAGUUUUUUUUUACAAUCAAAUUUUUAUUCAAUUGACUUUUUAUUUGUAACAAUCAAAAAUAAUUAUUAAGAAAAUUAAGCGUUAAAUGGAUAAUAUAAGAUUGCAUUUUUACAGGGCAGAUUUUCAUAUAGCUUAGGUUUGGAAAAAGAAGAAUUUUACACAGGGAGUCUUACUUGGAAGGAUUGGACAUUCUCUUAGGUAGAGGAAAAAUAGAUGUGAGAAAGAUGGGUAGGAUUGGAAAUAUGGAUAGGUAUACAAAAAUAGAACAGGGAUGCGAUCGUUGGUAGGUAGGAAAAAUAGGUAACCUACUAUACCACUAAUAUUUAAAAUUCUUGAUUCAAAAAAAUUACUUUCUAAAUCAGAAACAAAAAUUUAAUUGGACUACAAUAAAUAAAAAUGCGAAUGAUCUAAAAUUUCAACCAAGAGGGACUUGUCCCUAGCAUAACAAUGCUCUUUAGAUCAAUAAUUGAAAUAACAUAGGAAUAAAAAUAAAACAAAUUUAAUUUCUAAAUUACUUAAGAACAGUAAGCAAUACUUUUAUCGAAUGUAGAUCAAUUGAUUGAUGAUAAUUAUUUAUACUUGAUGAUAAACCACAUGUUCAAGUUUUAUAAACUCCUACCUGUAUUAUAUUUUUACAUUGAAAAUUACUUGUACUUUGAACCAUUAGGUAGAUAAGUGUGACUGAGGUUCGAGCCAAAUAUUUAAUAAAACUGGACAGUUUGAUUAUAAAUUCAUUUUAUUUAAAAAAAAUAUCAACUUUAUGAAUACUGUACACAAAAGUUUAAGCCAAAUGUAAAAAGAACUAUGUCUUGUAAGACAUGAAUUGGAAUUUGACCAAACCCUGGACUAACAUGAGUAUAGAAAAAAAUCAUAAGGUAAAGGGUAUAGGUUUGUAUGGCUAAACACAUUUUGAAUUAAAUUGAUCCCAGUUUGUAAUUGCAGUUAUUGCACAUUACAAACGGUUUGAUGCACAUUAGUUUGCUAUGGGAAGGGUGGUCAGUGAUGUACAAUUUUAUAAAUUUCAGAGGAGAAUGUCUUUAGUAGUUACUACAAAAACAAAAACAAAAAAAAAUGAUGUAAUGCGAUAGGCAAACAUUAGAUGGAUUGUUAAGUUCUUAUAAUUUGAAUUAGAUGGUGAUAAAAGAUACGCGACGCGAGUAAUAAUAAAAAUGCCUUACUUAUACUGAAUACAAUCUUUCCCAGAUUGAGUUGUUCUAAAUACAAUCUUUCCCAGAUUGAGUUUUUCGGGAUCAUGCCAAUUGCCAGGGCGCUCUUUUGUGUGUCUGAUUCAUAAUGUAACGCAGGCUGUUCUGAGCAUCACUACCAUAUUUUUGGUUUCCUGUUGAAAGAAAAUACAUUCAUAAAUUUAUUGUUGACUGUGUACCUACACAUUGCCAAAAAUUGAGAGCAUGUAUAAUACAUAUAUUAUUGUAUACGUAAAAUUUGUGUUAGUACUAGGGGAAACUAACACUGACCUGUGAUAUAAUUAUCUAAUUUACCAAUUAUUCAAACUGAAACUAAACUAGGGAUACAGGAACAGGAUAAGAGGAUAUGACCAUAGGCCCCAACACUGUGGUGGCCAAUAUGUGAUAUAAAAUUAAUGCACUCAAAUGAACAAACUUCAGACCUGGCACCCUAAGAAAAUUGAAUAAUAUGUAAAAGCACCAAAGUGCAAACUAUAAAAUAAUUCAACAAAUGAUAAUGCAGGAGUAUUUGCAUGAUCCUGUUCAUUAGGUUUGAUGUUAUCUGGCAUUUUUACUUAUUAGUUGGGACCUUGAAUAAACGAUUAAUUACUUAUUAGUUAGGACCUGGAAUAAACAAUUGAUUAAUUUAUGAACUUUGGUACUCAUCCUGUUCAAAAAUAUGGAUGCAAUAGAUAAAAAUCCAAAAAAAAAUUGAGUAAUAUAUAAAAGCACCAAAGUGCAAACUAUAAAACAAAUUCAACGAAUGUUAUCUGGCAUUUUUACUUAUUAGUUGGGACACUUGGGACCUUGAAUAAACAAUUAACUAAUUUAUGAAAACAUAUGUACACAUAGCCUUGUUAUUUAUAAUAUUGGGUUCAUUAAUAUCCAGUAUAACCAAACUAUGUGUAUAGAACAGAAAGUACAUAUAUAAUUCUCAUAACAGUCUCAUCUCUCUGCAUUUCAAUUCUGAGAAUUACCUCAUUCAGUCCAGGAACAGUUUCAAGAGCAUCUGUAAACUCUUUUCUGCAGUGAAGAGAGGGACACUCAUCCUUGAAUCUACACAUGAAAACAAUCAUCCAAAUCUAUUAUUCAAUAAUGAAAAUUAGAUCAGAAUCAAAACAUCACUAUUUCUGUAGAUGACCAUGUGAUACUAAAACGUGGAUGUUUAUGAAACUUAUCGAGUUGUUUUUUUUUUACAAUUGAAUUUUAAUUGAAAUUGAAAAGUCAAUCAGCUUUUUAUUAUCAAAAAUCAAAACUAUCAAAAGUAAUUAUCAUGAUUUACAAAAAAUUCUUUUGAGCUAAGUAACUUUUUUUUUUCAAAAUCAGAUGCAAAAUCAUUGAUUUUUUGGAUAAAGUUUGCGGAAUUGCCUAUAUAAAUGCUUGUCUGCCAUUUUAAGUACUGUAGCAAUUGGAAAGUCUUGCUUGCUUUCACCAAAAAAUAGUUGACCAUUCCAUUUCAAGAUUCAAUGAGCAGUGCCUCUACAGGGACCAUCUGGGGUAACUUUUUACACAAUGUUUACAUUAUUCCCCUUUACCACUGUGAUCAGCAGUUUUGCACAUCUUGUAGUUCCAGAAUCUAAGCUCUUCCCUGCUCUUACUCCUCCACUCUUGCAACACUGGUCAGUACUUUUGAAAAACAUUCAAGGUCACAUAAAGGCAAAAUCAAUAGAAUUUUGUACCUUACCUGUAUGAAAGUCAAAGACAUUGAAGCUGGGAGUCCAAUGACUCUCCAGAUUUCAAGCAACCUCUAUCUAUCCAACAGAUAUAAAGCCACGAAAAAGUUGGAGAAUAAAGCACCAAAGUGCAAACUAUAAAAAAAAAGUUGACAAAAGAUAAUAGAAAAAUCACGUAGAUGAUAAUUCUAGUCGUUUUUUGCUUGAAAAUCAAGGUAUUGUACCCGUAAAUUGAUUCUGAUAUUACCUUAUGUAAUUUGUCUGGUCUUAAUUUUCCUGAAGAAAAGGAAAUGUACAAUCAAUAGAGAUCUGGCUUUUAAAAAUUCAUUAUAUGUAGAAUUUGAACUUAUAUGAGCUACUUUUUGAAUUUGAGAAAGAGCAUCUGCAUUGGAGUUUGCUCUUCCUGGUUUAUAUACAAUCUCAUAAUCAUAUUCUUCUAAUUUUAGACACCAGCGAACCAAUCUUGAUCCAGGAUCCUUACAAUUAGUUAUUUUGCAUAACUUCUUCAUAACUUGGCAGCGUGUGUUAUUAUUAUUUACAGUUGAGCAACUUAUCUCUGUGCUCUACAAAUCAGCUGGCGGCUAAAGCACUUGUUAAGGCAUCAGCUGGCUGAUCGAUUGAUCUAACAAAUUUUAAAACUGUUUUGCCUUGUUGAACAAAGUCCCUAGUAAUGUGAUAAUUCAACAUUGCUACAUGUAUGAUUGCAGAACCAUUGCUCCAACUGUAGGGCACAAUUUUUUCACUGAUAAUAGUGAAAGUGCUGAUAUGAUUACAUUUAUAGCAGAUUUGGGUUUGUCCAAUCACAAGACACAUUUCACAAGUAUUCUGCAAAACAAAAGAAAAUUAUUUAUAGUGAGCAUUAGUUGAGGCUCAGAAUAAAAAAUUAAUUGAUUUAUGAAAAGAUAUAUUGUACACAGUGCUGCCAGGUCAAAAUUUGUGAAAUCCCCUCUGAGUGUUUUGAAAACCAAUGAAAAAUCCCCAAGAUCCCCACUUCUAUAUUUUUCUCAGUAAAAUCUCCCAAAUUAUGUAAAAUACACAUGAAAUUCGGGGAAAUUUUAUUUUAAUGUAAGGUAUAGGUAGUAAGGUUUUCGGCCUAUGCUUAUUGAUCCUUUACCUUUAUACUUAUUAACAUAAACAGAGCUUUUGUAUUUAUACUUAUGGAUUGCAACUGGGUAUUGCUGGGUUUUCCUAAAUCCAAUUUUCUGGGUCGUUAUUGACUUCAUUCUUUUCAGUAUUUCCCUUAUCUUGUCAUUCUCCUCCGGAGUACAUAUCUUCAUCAACAUAUUUAGAUUUGUUGUAAUUACGACUGUGUGUUGUUGAUUUGUCACCUUGGGUAUAAAUAUUGUCGAUCUUUUCGACUCCAAGUCCGCUUUCAUUGUGGCCGCCACUGGUCUGGCUUGACUGUUGUUAAUCACUGCCAAAUUGUGUUUCCAGGUAAGUAUUCCAUACUUGAUUCUCUUGAACUAACGUGCGACUGGAUAGAGGUUCUUGUAACGUGAAUCUUAAAUCGACUUACUUGAAUGGAUACUGCAACGUGUUAUGUUGUGUGAUAUUAAUUUCAAAUUAAUCUCACAUCGGUCUUCAACUUGGAUCAGUAUUUCUUUACGUAACACAAUCUGACGAAAUUGGUUUUGACUUCUGUUUCUCUCCUUAGCGUCUUUGUCAACAGGAUGUGAUAGCGCACCUCAUCUGCGAUUGGUCCGAUAUACCUAUUUAAAUGACAUACUGAAACUCCAAUUUGAUUGGCUCUUAAUGUUUCUUUGGUCCUGGGGCAAAGCAGACUAAUUUUUAUUUGGGGAGGGAAGCAAAGAUCUUGAAAAUGCAAACAACAAAAUCCCAAAUUUUCCAACAACUUUGCUGGAUACUACUUUUACAAGAUAAAUCCUACAUUUUUUCAUGCCCUUCCAACAUGAUAUCUACUUUAAAGACAUGAAAAAUGGGAAUAAUUUGUAUGCACUUUGCUUCUGUCUUGAAAUUGAAUUCAACUCAUUUUUUUUUAGGAAGUAGAAAAAUUGAAAGACAUAGAUGAAGAAUGAUUAUAAUAUGACGUGAUUUGAUUAAGUGCAAACUAUAAAAAAAAAUUAACAAAAUGAUGAUGUAGGAGUAUCAAAUCCUAUGCGUUAGGUUUGAUAUUAUCAGGCAUUUUCACUUCAUUAGUUGAGACCUGGAAUAAACAAUUAAUUUAUGAAAAGAUCUGUACAUAGGCUUAUUGUUUAAAAUAUUGGAUUCAUGAAUAUCCAGCAUAACCAUACAAUGUGUAUGGAACAGAAAGCACAUUAUAUAAAUCUCAUAACAGUCUCAUCUCUCUGCAUUUCAACUCUAGGAAAUUACCCCAUUUAGUCCAGGAACAGUUUCAAGAGCAUCUGUAAACUCGUUGCCUUAGUUGCAAAGUAGCGUAUGUCCAUCUGUUAACUUGAUACUUCGUGUAAAAGUGCUUUCAAUCUGGAGCACCAUCUAUUGGGUUUUAGUGGUAGCCAAUAGGUAGGUAUGUCGGAGACAUGUCCCGCCAGCAUACUUACCCAUUGGCUACCACUAAAACCCAAUAGAUGGCGCUCCAGAUUGAAAGCACUUUUACACGAAGUAUCAAGUGAACAGAUGGACAUACGCUACUUUGCAACUAAGGCAACGAACUCUUGUCUGCAGUGAAGAGAGGGGCACUCAUUCUUGAACCUACACAUAAAAACAAUCAUUCAAAUACAUAUAUUAUUCAAUUAUGAAAAUUAGAGCAGAAUUCAACAUUAUUAUUUCUGUAGAUGACCAUGUGAUAUUAAACCAUGGAUGUUUAUGAAACUUAUCCAAGUUUUUUUCUUACAAUUGAAUUUUAAUUAAAAUUGAAAAAAAUUCAAUUGACUUUUUAUUAAGGUAAAGUGGGGUAAUUCCGAUGGCAAAAUUCAAAAUUUUAGCAAUUUCUCAUUUUUUGGAUUUCCUGUACAUUUUGGGGCAAAAAUGAUGUAACAACUUUAUUCCUGCGUCCUUCAGCUACACAUUGACUAUAUUGAAGAGUGAUUUGUGUGAAGGCUUCAUACAUAUAAUUGAAAAAACAUUUUGGAAGGUUGAGUUAUCAGAAUUACCCUAAAAAUGGGGUAAUUCCGAUAAUGAGUUUUAUAAGGAACGGAAUUCUCCCAGGGUAAUUCCGAGCCAGUAAUGUUGAAAUAUACCAUUUAUUGCAUAUUUAGGUUUUUAUUUCAUGUAAAUUGAAUCAUUAGAACAAAAAUUAAAUUUUUUUUACAAAUAUGCAUUUUUGAGGCAUAAUUUUUGAAAACUAGACCAACUAGAGAAAAAUGCCCCGUUUUGAGGAUUUUCUUUGAUAAUUUCGACCCCCUAAAACUAUAAUGCAUCAAAACAGCGGAAAAAACAUUGCAGGACAAUUUUGCUGGGGCUAUCGGAAUUACCCCUCAGCAUGAAAAAUGAUCGACAUGUUUAAUAAUUCAAUGCCACCAAACAAAUAAUUAUAAAAGCAAAAUCAAAAGAGGUACUGACACUUUAACACGUAUUCAUCAAAUAUCAGCUUCUAAACAGAAUUUUUCAACAAGUUUUGAACGAUAAAAACGAAUUUCAAAAGUGCACUGUUUUUUGCGGCAAAGGAUUUGGGCAUUCAGAUUUUGAACACUGCACAGACUUGACAAAACAGAGCAGAUGAACCAUCUGAUCAUUAAUGGGUGUAGGUUAGCACUAAAACUACCUACUUUCUUCAUCAUUUGUGCCAAAAUGUGUUUUGCAACACAGCUAGGGCUUGUUAUCGGAAUUACCCCACUUUACCUUAGUAAAAAUCAAAAAUAAUUAUUAUGAAAAUUUAGCGUUAAAUGGAUCAUACAAGAUUGCAUUUUUACACCACAGAUUUUGGUAUAGGUUUGGGAAAAAAAUAAAUUUCUGUGGGGAGUUUCACUUGGAAGGAUUGGCAAUUCUCUUUGAGAAAAAAUAGAUGUGAGAAAGAUGGGUAGGAUUGGAAAUAUGGAUAGGCAUAGAAAAAGAGAACAGGGAUGGGAUCGUUGGUAGGUAGGAAAAAUAGGUAACCUACUAUACCACUAAUAUUUAAAAUUCUUGAUUCAGAAACAUUACUUUCUAAAUCAAAAACAGAAAUUUAAUUGUUCUAUAAUAAAUAGGAAUGUGAAUGAUCUAAAAUUUUAACCAAGAGGGACUUGUCCCUAGUAUAAGAAUGCUUUUUAGAUCAAUAAUUGAAAUAACUUAGGAAUAAAAAUGAAUCAAAUUUAAUUUCUAAAUUACUUACUUAAGAAACAAUAAGCAAUUUCACCACAGAACGUGUAUUAUUUAGGAGGGAUAUAUUUCCGUACUUGUAGCCACUGUGCCAUUCUAUGGCUAGUCAUCAAAUGUAGAUCAAUCGAUUGAUCAUAAUUAUUUAUACUUGAUGAUAAACUACACGUUCAAGUUUUAUAAACUCCUAUCUGAAUUAUAUUUUUACAUUGAAAAUUACUUGUACUUUGAACCAUUAGAUAGGUGUGACGAGGUUCGAGCCAAACAUUUAAUAAAACUAGUUUGAUUAUAAAUUUAUUCAAUUUUUAAAAAAUAUAGAUUUGAUGUGUCCCUAGCAUAAGAAUGCUUUUUAGAUCAAUAAUUGAAAUAAUAUAGGAAUAAAAAUGAAUCAAAUUUAAUUUCUAAAUUACUUACUUAAGAAACAAUUUCACCACAGAAUGUGUGUUUAGGAGGGAUAUAUUCCCGUACUUGUAGCCACUGUGCCAUUCUAUGGCUAGUCAUCAAAAGUAGAUCAAUCGAUUGAUCAUAAUUAUUUAUACUUGAUGAUAAACUACAUGUUCAAGUCUUAUAAACUCCUAUCUGAAUUAUAUUUUUACCUUGAAAAUUACUUGUACUUUGAACCAUUAGAUAGGUGUGACAAGGUUCAAGCCAAAUAUUUUACAAAACUAGUUUGAUUAUGAAUUUAUUUUAUUUUAAAGAAUAUAGAUUUGAUGAUUACCUUACUAAGUGUAGCAUCUCCUUUGGUUUGAUGAUACAUUAUUAUGAAGUGCUGUGAACUGGGCCAGGUUGCCCGUUUUUACUCUACUGUCAUAUUUCAAAUAUUUCAUUCAGAAAAUGCAAGUUAUCUUGAACUAAAACACUUGAAGUUCUAUUGAACUUGAUUGAUACAUUAUAUUCUUGAAAAAUAACUUAUCGAACAUUAAAAACAGAAAAUUGGAAAAAUUACAAAGGCCUCAGGGUAUGAGAGGGCCUUCAAACUACUCAUGGGAAACUCUACAUAGACUAUAUGUAACACAAUAGGGUAGAUAGCUCAGAAACAAGUAAUAUAAGAUCAACUUUUUUCUUAUAAGUUCGCAUUUUUAAAUUUGAUGUACUCCUACUUCUAGUUCUAGGACAUAAUUAUUAUGAAAUAAAUAUAAUUAAUGAUAAGUGGAAACUUCAAGCUUUAAAAUAAAGUAAAUAUUAUAACACUAUUCAUCAAAAUAUGUAUUUAUAGAUAAAAUGAUAAAUGGUUUCACUGUAUCAAGUGUAAGACUACCUGUAAUAAAAAAUUAUUAUAGAUAAUAAUAUUAUAGUUAUUUAAUACCUACAAAUAAAAAUUAGACAAUCUCAGAUUUGAAACAUUGAGAGUAGACAUCUCUCUGAAAGAUAUUACUCUGUUUAGAAGAGCUGUGAUGAUCUAUUUUUGUUUCAUCUUCAAUCAGUACUUGAUUUAUGUUGUCAAAAUGAAAAUCUUCAUUGAAUUCUUGCUAUUGUACUUGAUACUCGAGGAAAGUAUAAUGUUAAAAAUUUAAAUUGAGUAUGGAUUAUGUAUCAUUUUUAGUAAACUGUAGUGCUUAUUACUAUGAUAAUAAAUCUGUUGUAAUAUUUAUCAUACACCUAUGCAAUUUACAUGUAAUUUUUGUAAAUGUAGUAGCAAAAUUUGUGCCAGCCAGGCCUACCUACUAUUUUGUGUUUUAAUAUUAUGAUCUACUUGUUGGCAUGUUUGUUUGUAUCCAUUUUAAAUGUAAAAUACAUAUUAUUCAUUAUUCAACAUCACUAA